CUCUCUGCUAAUUCAGCGAGAGAGAGAGAGAGAUAGCGAGAGCGAGAGAGAUUGAUUCGAUGACGACUCAUCCAUGAAAUUUGUCCGACCUACUCUCUUUUCAAUUGUAGUGUAGUUUUCACCUAUUUACUGUUCGCUCUCAAUUCUCGCACGCAAUUGUAUAAUAAUAAAAAAGAUUCAAUCUUGAUGCUCAUUUCUUUGACCCACACCACUUCUCUGUACAAAAUCAAAACUUUCAAUUGCAGGUUUCGCAGCUUCAAGAAUCAGGCCAUGGCUCCUCCUCCUCCGAUUCUUUCGCUGGAGCUUCCAUCUGAUACUGGCCGAGUUCUCAGCCUUCAGUCUCACACUGUUCAGGGUUAUGUCGGGAAUAAGGCAGCUGUCUUUCCUCUCCAAUUACUUGGAUUUGAUGUGGAUCCAAUAAACUCAGUCCAAUUUUCAAACCACACAGGAUACCCAACAUUUAAGGGGCAGGUCUUGGAUGGAAAACAAUUAUGGGAUUUGAUAGAAGGCCUUGAAGCAAACAACUUAUUGUUCUACACACAUUUAUUGACAGGUUAUAUUGGUUCUGUAUCCUUCUUGACCGCGGUAUUAGAAGUCGUUGAUAAGCUUCGUUCUAUAAACCCAGACCUUAAAUAUGUUUGUGAUCCAGUAAUGGGUGAUGAAGGAAAGCUUUAUGUUCCACCAGAAUUGGUGUCUGUAUACCGUGAAAAGGUUGUUCCUGUUGCUUCAAUGUUGACCCCUAAUCAUUUCGAAGCAGAGCAGUUGACUGGUUCCAGGAUCUUGUCUGAACAAGAUGGUCGAGAAGCUUGCAACAUUCUUCAUGCUGCUGGACCAUCAAAGGUUGUGAUAACGAGCAUGAGUGUAGAUGGAAACCUCAUCCUCAUUGGGAGUCAUCAAAAAGAGAAGGGUCAAACUCCAGAGCAGUUCAAAAUUCUGAUACCCAAAAUACAUGCAUAUUUCACGGGAACAGGAGAUCUAACAACUGCAUUAUUACUUGGUUGGAGCAAUAAAUAUCCUGAUAAUCUUGACAAAGCAGCAGAGCUUGCUGUAUCAAGCGUGCAGUCACUCCUAGCCAGGACUUUAGAUGAUUACAGAAGAGUUGGAUAUGAUCCGCAGUCAAGCAGUUUGGAAAUUCGGCUGAUCCAGAGUCAGGAUGACAUUCGCAGCCCAGAAGUUAAAUACAAAGCUGAGAGAUACAGCUGAAAAGUUUUAGCAUAGGCUACAGAACUAUCUUUUGCUGCUGAUCUCACACAGAAAGCAGCUUUUUUAUCUGGGUGGGAUAAUAACCUACUCAAUUUGUAAACUCUUAAAUCCAUUACUCAUCCAUAAUUAUACAGUAGUCUUGUUUGUGAAUUGCAAAGACUUACAAAAUCAAUACAAAUACCAACAUUAUUUGAAGUUCA